AAAUAAACUUCCUAAAGUAUUAAAAAUAAAAUAAUUAAGUUUACUCAGUUUAAUUAACUCACAACAUAAUUUAAUUUAAUUUCAUUAUUAUUUAGUUGAAUGAUAUUGAGAGUUAAAACAACUAUUUAUCUAAUUUCAUUAACAAUAUAACAGCUUUUGUAAAUAAUUAUAACGUUUAAAAAUGAAAAUCUAAAGAGUUCAUGAAAGGUAUUUUAUAUGAGUUGUUUAUAUAUUACAUAUUAACAACUAACAAGAUGGUUAUUUUAUAUCUAUAAACACAAAAAUCUAUUAGUUUACAGUGCAAUAUGAUAAUAAAAAAUACAAUAAAAAAUCAUCAAAGAUGCUAGAUCCAAAUCUCUUAAAAAGUGUUAACACCAGAAAACUCACAACACAAAUAAAAGAUUUAACAGGAUUGUUUUCGAGUGGAAUUCCUAAAACAUCUUCGAAGACUGAAUACUCUAGCUAGAACUAGGUAUUGAUUUAGCCAUGAGUUACAUUGAUAGUUUUUUGUAUCAAACUGAAAAUUUGCUAAAUUGCUGAAGUUCUGAGCUAAAACUAAGCAGCGGUGCAAUAAACAUACCUCGUGAACUAAAUCCUACUCAAAUGAUGAAGAAAGUAACUCAAAGUAUGACUUGAGAGAGCAGCUAUUUGUAGCCAAAAGAAAACUUGCCCAGAAAAAGAACAGCAGGUUAAUAGUCUUCAUAUGGUGCAGUGAUGGAUGCAUUAUUGUGAUGGUGGCAGCGACCCUGGUGGCAAAUUUGGGAAUACUAAACACCGGAAUGAUGAUCGGAUUCCCAUCUGUCUUGCUACCCCCUCUGCUAAAGGUGGGCCCUGGCCUUCAUAUUUCCUUUGACCAAGCCACCUGGCUCUCUAGCAUCUCCUUCAUCUCAGCGCCAGUUGGCUGUGUGGUGGCAGGCCCGAUGAUCGACCGUGUCGGCCGCCGCAGGGGUCUGGUGCUGCUUAACCUCACGUUCAUCGCAGGGUGGCUGCCUUCAGCCGUCUUCCCGCUAUCCCUCCCCGCCCUCUACGUCGGCCGUAUCUGCUCAGGGAUUGGGGCAGGUGCAGCCCCCAGCGCAUGUUCCAUCUAUACUGCGGAAGUAGCCGCUGUAUAUCUACGAACAGCGCUAGUCUUGAUCACACCGUUGAUGUUAUCAGUUGGCGCCGUCAUCACCUACCUCUGGGCCAUGCUAUACCAGGAAUCGUGGAGCGAAGUAUCUUGGUUCGGACUUAGCGUAACAUCAAUGUCGCUGGUGCUGACGCUGCUGCUGCCAGAGAGCCCAAUGUGGCUGCUGAACAGAGGUCAUGCUGAGAAAGCGCUGCAGGCUCUGCAGAGACUGCGAGGAGCAUCAGGACCCGAGCAGGUCAAGGAGGAGCUGGACAGCUUCAGCAGCAGAGCGAGCGACAAGCAGCAGAAAACCUCCUGGCUCUCCAACUUUAAACAUCUGCGAAAGCCUCAGGUUUACAAGCCUCUUAUCAUGAUCAACGCGCUGUAUUUAUGUGGCAAUUUCUCAGGAGUUAUGCCGGUCAUGAGUUUUGCGGUUGAUUUUACAAACAGAGCAGGAAUACAAGGGGAGGCUCACUACGUGGCUAUGUGUAUUGCUAUUGUUCGCAUGGUCUCUAUUCUUAUCUUUACUUGGGUGAGCAAUGUGUUUGGAAGUAGGAACCCAGCAGUAUUCUUUGGAGUGAUCAUGACUGCUUCCAUGACUAUGCUGACCGUGAACGUGUCUGGGUUACUGGUGCUGCCCCAGUGGCUCAUUGGAGCGCUUGUUCUGGUUUAUGUGUACGCCGGCUCCACAAGCUUCACCAACAUUAUGUUAUCCAUGCUGGGAGAGGUUUUCCCUACCGAAGUGAGAGGCUUUGCAAGUGGCAUCACAACAGGCCUGGGAUUCACAACCUCUUUUGUUGCCACGAAACUAUACCCUAUUUUUGUCACGGAAUUCGAAGCAUACUUCGUGUUUUUGUUCUUUACAAUAUUUGGAGCUGCGGGAACUCUUUAUAUAUAUUUUUUUCUUCCCGAGACUCACGGAAAGACUUUGUUAGAAAUCGAGGACCACUUUAAAGGAGUACAAACAACCGGUACAAAACUCUGAAGCAGCAAUUAAAGAAAGAAAGAGAUCAUUAAAGAUUAUCAUAUUUAA